GCGCCAAGCAUGAUGAAAGAAAAAAGGGGAGGGUUUUUUUUGUGGGUUUUUUCUCCAUGCCACUGUGACUCAGCACAAAGUUUCUUCUAAAAGCUGUCCUUUCUUUCAGGACUCAGUCUCUCUCCCCGUCUGGUCUGGGACACAUCUUCUCGUCUGUGCUCCUCGGUUCUCUGUUGACAUGCGGGUCGUGCUUUUUGUCGCUUUUUGGCUCCAGGUUUGGACCGCUGUAACGGGAUAUGAAACCGGAGCUCCGGCCGGCAGGUGUGUGGACAUGACCCCGGGACACAACGUCCCGCCGCAGUCGAGCCCCUCUCCUUACACCAUCGUAGUCAGCAACACCACCUUCAGCACCAAUCAGGCAAUCAAAGUGAGGAUUCAGGGCCCGGUGUACGCCGGUUUGCUCCUGCAGGCUCGAUCGGGCUCCAACACCGAAGCGGUGGGGACCUGGGGUGUUCCACCACCCAACACCCAGCACUUAGCGUGCUCAGGAAGAGACCAAAGUGCCAUCACACACUCCAACAGAAACAGUAAGAACAAUGAUACCACCUACACCUGGAAUCCUCCAGCUUCCCUCCAAACCGCCUACAUCACGGCCACUGUAGUCUCAAACAGAACCACAUUCUGGGUAAACCUCAGAUCAGCAGCACUGACCGGAGUAGCUGGAGGCAGCAACGCAGCAGCUGAUCCCAAGAUGGCUGUCACACCUGUUCUGUUUCUCACGCUCCUGAUGUCGACGGUGUUCCAAUAAUUUAUUAAUGCGGCCUCAGCGAACUUCCUUUAGUCGAGUCCCAGUUACCGUUCUAAUCAACGUUCUGUUAUAUGCAUCUUGAAUAAUAUUCAUAAGUUGAGAUAUAAAGAGAAUGUAGCAAGAUUUCAGAAUUUCUUUUUAUUAAGAAUGAUGUAUGAAAUGAAGCUGUUCAAUAAAUUUAAUAUUUGAUUUGAAAUGUUCACAA